AAGAUGGCGGCGACGGUGUUGGCAGUGAGGCGGCUGCUGCGAGGGUCGGGGUCUUGGGGCCGCUCGCGGCUGAGGUCCGGACCCCCCACGUACAGGCCGUUCAGUAGUGGCAGUGCCUAUCCCAACAUCCCCCUCUCUUCUCCCUUACCUGGCGUACCCAAGCCUGUUUUUGCUACGGUUGAUGGACAGGAAAAGUUUGAAACUAAAGUCACCACACUGGAUAAUGGGCUUCGCGUAGCAUCCCAAAAUAAGUUUGGGCAGUUUUGCACCGUAGGAAUUCUUAUUAAUUCAGGAUCAAGAUACGAAGCAAAAUAUCUUAGUGGAAUUGCUCACUUUUUGGAAAAAUUGGCGUUUUCGUCUACUGCUCGAUUUGGCAGCAAGGAUGAAAUUCUGCUUGCCUUGGAGAAGCACGGGGGUAUCUGUGACUGCCAGACAUCAAGGGACACCACCAUGUACGCGGUGUCUGCUGAUGCUAAGGGCUUGGACACUGUGGUGGGCUUGCUGGCGGACGUGGUCCUGCAGCCCAGGCUGACAGAUGAAGAGGUAGAGAGGACGCGGCUGGCUGUGCAGUUUGAGCUGGAGGACCUCAACAUGAGGCCGGACCCGGAGCCGCUGCUCACCGAGAUGAUUCAUGAGGCUGCUUACCGGGGAAACACAGUGGGCCUGCACCGCUUCUGUCCCCCAGAAAACAUCACGAAGAUCGACCGGCAGGUCCUGCACGCCUACCUGCGGAACUACUACACGCCUGACCGCAUGGUGCUGGCCGGGGUGGGCGUCGAGCACGAGCACCUGGUCCAGAGCGCGCGGAAGCACCUCCUGGGCACCCGGCCGGCCUGGGGGGACCAGAAGGCCGUGGACAUCGACAGAUCGGUGGCGCAGUACACUGGGGGCAUCGUCAAGCUGGAACGAGACAUGUCCAGCGCCAGCCUGGGCCCCACCCCGAUCCCGGAGCUCACACAUGUCAUGGUGGGCCUGGAGAGCUGCUCCUUUCUGGAGGAAGACUUCAUCCCCUUUGCGGUGCUGAACAUGAUGAUGGGCGGGGGCGGCUCCUUCUCAGCUGGCGGGCCCGGGAAGGGCAUGUUCACCCGGCUCUACCUCAAUGUGCUCAACAGGCACCACUGGAUGUACAACGCCACGUCCUAUCACCACAGCUACGAGGACACGGGCCUCCUGUGCAUCCACGCCAGUGCAGACCCUCGGCAGGUUCGUGAAAUGGUGGAAAUCAUCACGAAGGAGUUUAUUUUAAUGGGUGGAGCUGUGGACGUGGUGGAGCUGGAGCGAGCCAAGACGCAGCUGAUGUCCAUGCUCAUGAUGAACCUGGAGUCCCGGCCCGUGAUCUUCGAGGACGUUGGGAGGCAGGUGUUGGCGACCCGGUGCAGGAAGCUGCCCCACGAGCUGUGUGCGCUCAUCAGCAACGUGACGGCAGAGGACAUCAAGAGAGUGGCUUCUAAGAUGCUCCGCCGGAAGCCCGCCGUGGCCGCCCUGGGCGACCUGAGUGACCUGCCAACGUACGAGCACAUCCAGGCGGCCCUGUCGAGCCGCGAUGGGCGACUGCCGAGGGCGUACCGGCUUUUCCGGUAGCAGCCCGAGGGGGCGGGCCUGCCGGCGGCAGAGCGUCCCCGCCCCGCGCGGGGUGCUGGUUUGGUGUAGAUGCCGCCUGAGUUCAAAAACGGUGCCAACUGGGGGCUCUGCUCGCAAACCAGAACGCGUUUGCUAUCGCGCAUCGCCACUCGGCUCUCGGAAACCGGGCCCUGCUCCCCGUCACCCAUCACCGCUUGACUCUCGGGAGCCAGGGCUCUGCUCUUCGCUGUCCACCGCUUGGCUCUGGGGGACGUAGUGUGGGGCCACGUGGGUCUUCAGGUCCAAAGCCCCUUGCCUGCUGUGACUGCCCUGGAAGGAGGGUGCCCCCCAGACCUGGCACCAUGCCUGGUUCAGCUCGUCGGCACACAGGUGCAUGGGCCUCGGUCUGCAGGCUGGGAGGAGGGAGAGUGAGCUCCUUGGGGCUGCGGUUCCACUUCAGAGAAGGUCGUGGCAAAUGUCGACGUGCUUCCUAAACCACCUUGUAGCUGCACUGACAUUCCAGAAACCGCUGCCAGUCAGACAUCACGGCCUCCACCGAGCUGCAGACGGUGCUGUUCUCAGCCAUGGUUUUUAUGGGGAGCGGGGAGAACAUCUAAGUGUAAAAACAAAAUCAUCCCCCACAACCAUUCUUUGCAGCUGUGUCUGUUUUUACAUGAAAAUUGUUCCUCAGAGCCUGACUGCCUGUCACUGUCACCGAGUGUCUGGUCCCGGUUCUGAGGGGCCUGUGAGCACAUCCCAUCCUGCGUCAGCAUGUCAGUCACUGACCACGCACUCUUGGCGUCUGCAGACACCGCUAGCCCUUCACCCCUUCCUGCCCAGCUCGCCUGCCCUCACAAAUUUACACUUUCUUCAGUUUUUCUCUUGAGCUCCGGCCACUCGGGUUCUCACCCCACCUUCCACCCAAA